GCACCUCCCCGAGGAGGAGGCAAGGAGGAGGCAAGAGAGAGCCAGGAAGGCUCUGGACAGUGGUGCACAGAAUCCAGACUCUGAAUUGUAGGCGUGAUGAGGGCGCGUUGGGUGCAUAGUAGUGUUAGAGGCCUGCGAUGUUCUAGAGCUGGUGUCGUCAGCGUCAGGCCCAUCAUGGAUGCUGUGUCCGGGACCAGAAGUGCUCACACUUUCCGCCCAUGGUGCAUGCCCGAGCAACAUGUAGCGCAAACCGGGACUUCUUCCGCUACAGCAGUGUCUCCUACAUGUAUUCCGGACCUGGCACUCAGAGUUAACGGACGCAAUGGCAGAAUAAGUGCUGCCAAGCUGGGUACAGUGCGGCGCUUAUCAAAUGAGGCGCGCAGAGGGUGCAGCACCCAGGUUCAACCGCCGCGAUCGGGAGGUCCGAUGUCUGCUCUGUCUUUGCGGCCCUCGCCUGCCUCCGUCCUUGUUGGAGGGCCUCGAACAAGAGCACUUGGAGCCACGUUGAACGGGGGUGUUUUGUGCGAAUUCUCCACGUCUUCGAACGGGACCACGGUGGAGAAGGGAGUUGACGGUGCGCCUGUUGCGGAGGCCGAGGUCGCAGAGGUGGCGAUGCCCGCGAAGGAGGAGCCGAGGCAUGCCCACAUCGAAAUGCCGACGAUAACGGAGGCGGAAAGGGUUGCCACGUUGACCAGCUGGAAGGUACAAGUGGGCGAUGUCAUCGAGGUUGGUGACGUGGUCUGCGAAAUCGAGCUGGAGCAAUUCUCCGUGGGGGUGAAAGUCGAGACCCCGGGCUUCCUCGCUGAGAUAUUGGUCGAGGCCGGCACCGAGGGCGUUCCUGUAGGGACAGACAUUGGCACCAUCGUACACUCUGAGGAGGAGAUCGCUCUCUACCAACAAGCGCAAGCCCAUGAAAGCGAGGACAAGGAGGUUAAAGCUGACACCGAAGUUAUCGCGGACCCUGCAGGGACGUUCAGCUGGAAAGACGUUUUGAAAGAUGUUCUGCGUCUUCGCAACGGUGGCAUGUUAUCUGAAGGCGAAUCAUCUACGUUGAUGUCCCUGGCUAGAAACAAGGAUAGCGAGCUUCUGCAGGCUUUCGAGGGUUGUUUCGAGGGUGACAAGUACAAGGGCGACAUCGAUGACGACUUGUUCCUUGCGCAGGCAAAAGAUAUCUUCAAGACGAGGAGAAAUCGUGAGGCGGAGGGAUAGAGAAUGAUGCAUCCCAUGAGGGCAAAUGGAGAGAAAUAUGCGACUC